UCCCAUCAAACCUGCCAGGUGCUUCUCGAGAUGUUGACAGCAAUCAGUUUGUCGCCCUCAGAUGAGGUGGCUGGUGACCGCCCCAAUUGUAAGUACAUUUGUUUAACGGCAAAAAUGUUAUCCAGUAUAUGGCCACAAUAGCUAUUGUUGUUGUUAGCUCAGUUCGGGUUUGGCAUAGGUUUGUAGCAUUAUUCCACCACAACAGACCUAUGCUAAUCAAAAAGAAGAGACGAUUGUCCUACUGUACUUCAAUGUAUCCUACCAUCUUCACAGAAAUGAUGACGUCCGCCUACAGGUUCACCGAUAACACAUUCAGCUCUGCUUCGCAAAUUACGCUUUAUUCCGGAUUACCCUUUUCGGCCACCUUUCUACUAGCUGAGGUUCUGAUUACGGUCUCGCUUUGCGUACUUUUGUAUGACAGUCGCUCUCGUUCCGCCUUCCCAAGAUCGAAACGUCUCCUGACCACGCUCAUCAUCUACGCUGUUAACCAGGGUUUGCUGAGUUUGCUGGUCGCCCUUAUAGAGUUCCUAGCUACCGUUACCUCCCAGGGUACAUGGUUAACGGGAUUGGACUUCAUAAUUCCAAGACUGUAUGCCAACUCGCUUUUAGCAUCAUUGAACACCCGUCAAUACCUUCGAUCCCAGAAUUCAGGCACCCGGUCAGGUGAACGCAUCAAUACUGUCCACUUCAUGAACCUGCAGAAGCAUUCGGAGGGUCUAGAGCGUUCAAACGAUGGAGACAAACACAUCGAAGCGAUUGUCAUUGAUAUCACUGCUGAUUCGGCACUCAAUAAGACCACGUCCUUCCGAAGCGAGGGAGAAGCACAAUUCUAAUCCCAUGAUGCAUUCGCCAUCGGUUGCAACGUUGUAAUACUGGUAUCAGAUAUCCCUUGCUUUCGAGUUACUCCUCUUGCCCCGUGAGGCUCGCCACCAUAGUCUCUCCCUCACAGAAACCGGUGGUCUGGUUUUUCCUCAGUACAAGAGCUCCGGUGACAGUUGUCCGCCUGGAAUU